AAAUUUCCUAGCUUUCUACUAGUCCGUUAAUUACUACUGUAAAACCAAUCGCCAAAUAGUCAUAGUCGUACCAAUUUCUUUAUGCUCACUAAUCACUAUCUUGACUUUCGUCGAGGUCGACGCCUAUUAAUGGAGGGAAUCAGCAAAGAAAAUCUUGAGACCUUUCCCAAUAAUCCAAUCAACUUUUCAGAUAAAAGAAGGAAAGAUAAUCGGACGUGUUCUGCGGGGAAGGGCAUUUCAAGAAGAACCAAUCUUGAUUGAUUCUUCUUCAAGUGUUGGGUGUUUGCUAAGACAGAGGUAUGAGGGGGAUGAAACUGGCAAUUCUGAUAAUUUUUGGGGUGUUGAUCGUGUCAUCCGCGGCGGAGAAAUGGUGGAAAUCGGCGAUAAGCGAUUCCGGACGACUCUUUUCUUCUCUGUCGGCGGUCAAUCCCGCCCGCGCUUCUUCUAUUAUCCUACAACUGCACGGCAAUGUUUAUCCCAAUGGCUUUUAUUUUGCUCAAGUGAAUAUAGGGCAGCCUCCAAAGCCGUAUUUUCUUGAUCCCGACACAGGCAGUGACCUUACAUGGCUUCAGUGCGAUGCUCCUUGUCUCCGUUGCACAAAGGCGCCUCACCCCCCUUACAAACCCAAUAAUGACCUUGUGGGUUGUAAGGAUCCUCUCUGUGCCUCAUUGCAUUCGGGUGAUCAGAAAUGCGAAACUCUAGAACAAUGUGAUUAUGACGUUCAGUAUGCAGAUGGGGGUUCAUCCCUUGGUAUCCUACUUAAUGACGUCUUUUCCCUCAAUCUCACCAAUGGAGUUCAGAUUGCUCCUCAUCUAGCUCUUGGAUGUGGAUAUGAUCAGGAAAUUGGCCAGUCUUACCAUCCUUUAGAUGGAGUACUUGGACUUGGGAAAGGACCAACCAGCAUUCUGUCACAGCUCAAGAAAAAGGGUCUGGUAAAAAAUGUUGUUGGGCAUUGCUUGAGUAGGCAAGGAGGAUAUCUCUUCUUUGGGGAUGCAGUUUAUGAUGCUUCACAAGUAGUUUGGACAUCAAUGUCACGUGAUUACGAGAAGCACUACUCACCAGGAUCUGCAGAGCUAAAUUUUGGUGGUAUUAGUACAGGGAUUAAGAAUCUCCUUGUAAUCUUUGACAGUGGAAGUUCUUAUAGCUAUCUGCAAUUUGAACCAUACCAAGCUUUUAUUUCCUUGGUCGAGAAAGAACUGAGUGGCAAACCCUUGAGAAAAGCAAACGAUGACAAUACUCUCCCACUGUGCUGGAAGGGCAGGAAGGCUUUCAAAAGUGUACAGGAUGUCAAGCAAUAUUUCAAACCUUACGCACUGAGCUUUGCCAAGGGGUGGAAGGGCAGAUCUGAGUUUGAGAUCCCCCCAGAAUCAUAUCUUAUCAUCUCAUCAAAGGGUAAUGUCUGUUUGGGGGUUCUAAAUGGUUCAGAAGCAGGUCUGCACGAUGUUAACAUCAUUGGAGACAUAUCAAUGCAAGAUAAAAUGGUGAUUUAUGACAACGAGAAGAAAUCAAUUGGAUGGACUCCUGCCAAGUGUGAUCAGCCACCAAAAUCAUCCAAUAUUCAGAUCCCUCUCUAUCAGAAUCAACCUACACAUCAAGAACUUUAGCAUUCAUGCCUCCACAGCACACUCGGCGCCAAGCCUUUCUGUCUGUCUGGCAAUUCAAGGGGGACUAUUCUUUCACUGACCUUUUCCUGGAUAUAUAGUCUGCUCAAUCAGUUUGAAACCCUAUCCUUUGGAUCAGCAGGUAUAUUGGGAUGUUUACAAUAACCAGCGGUUCUGAUGAUGGAAGGGUUAGGAUCUUAAACUGAAGGGUCUGUGAUUACUUUGAGAUGGAAUUAUUUUCACAAAACUUGGUUAUGAUA